AUGAUGGAGAAAUCAACCAUGGCGGAGACUAAACCUUCGGACGGCUCCCAGCUUGGAGACCACGAAUCUGGAACCCAAGUGAUGAUAAGUAUCACCACCGAAAGAUCAUAUGUUCGCAAGAUGGAUAUCUGGCUCCUUCCAUUUCUCUCAAUCAUGUAUUUCUUCAAUUCAGUUGACAGAAGCAACCUUGGAAAUGCGGAGACAGAUGGAAUGAGCAAAGAUCUUGGUUUCAAGGGAGAACAGUACUCGUUACUCAUUCUUCUUUUCUACGUUCCCAAUGGUCUAUGCGAUCUGCCUCUCAACCUCCUGACCAAGAGAUUUUCGGGUCGCAAGGUUUUGCCCGCGUUGAUGGUAGGAUGGGGAGCGAUGGCACUCAUACAAGCUGCUUGUAAGAACUUCGGUGGCAUGCUAGCCAUACGUCUCAUUCUAGGGGCGUUCGAAGCCGGCUUCUUUGCAGGGGCAGUAUUCUACCUCACUCUAUUCUACACCCGAGGAGAACUUGGGUUUCGCAUUGCACUAUUCUUUGGAAGUGCUCUGUUAGCGAGCGCUUUCUCGGGGCUGAUCUCCUUUGGAGUCUUUCGGAUCCAAGACCCUCAUGUUCAUGGGUGGAUGUGGCUUUUCAUCAUAGAAGGUGCUCUAACUGUCAUAUUUGGCAUCGUGGCAUUUUGGUGGUUGCCGGCAAGUCCACAGACCGCCUGGUUCCUGGGUGAAGCGGAGCGCGAGGUAGCAACCCUCCGAUCUCUCCGAGACGGCACACGCAACGUCGAGGAAGAGUUCAGCUUCAAGCAGUGUUUCCGCACGUGGUACGACUGGAAGUUCCCGAUCUGGUGCAUAAUCAGUCUCACGUACCCAGUUGCCUUUUCCACGACGGCGAACUUCCUCCCGCUUGUCAUUGGGCGACUGGGUUACAACAAAGUCACGACAAAUUUGCUCACGGUUCCUCCCAACGUGGCAGGCUUUUUGGUGCUGUUGGCAGUCACGUACAGUUCGGAUCGAAACAGAGAGCGGACUUUCCACAUUAUCGCCAGUCUAACCACAAGUCUGAUAGGGCUCGUUGUGCUGGCUGCCAUUGAUGCGAAAGCACACGUCGCAGUGGCGUACUUUGCUUGUUUUCUGCUGACGGCUGGGGCUUAUAUCCCUUCCUGCUUGGUCCACAGUUGGCACAACAACAACAACCUUAGUGAAAACUCUCGAGCGGCGACUACUGGUCUUCUUGUCGGACUCGGCAACUUGGGUGGCAUCCUGUCGGCGGGAACGUUUCGCACGACAUACGCUCCGCGAUAUGCACCAACCCUUUUGGCAACGGCUGGGUGCAACGUCACUUGCAUCAUUUUUACACUUUGGCUUGGGCUUUGGAUGAGGAAGGAGAACCACAGGAAGAACAAAGAACAAGGUGUUGAUUUGAGGGCUGAAGACGUUGAAACGCGAGACUUGGCUGAUGGAGAAAAGGAUCCAAGAUGGCGGUUCUUCGUUUAG